CGGAACUAGAACCUAGGUAAAUUUCCUGAGUCAUGUUGAUGUUUAUUUCAGUCCAAUUUACCGCUUAGUGAGUUGAGCUAGCUCUCGUUCAUGAUGGAGCAAACUGUUUCAAAUGUGGAAGUCUGUAAUUUAGCCUUCACUGGUGAAUUUGACAAAUUAAAGAAAUGUAUUUUAACGGAUAAAUCGCUCGCUUGCAAAACGGACCAGGACCAAAGGACCGCUCUCCACUGGGCCUGCUCGGCUGGACACGUCAAGAUCGUUGAGUUUCUGUUGGAUUUGGGGGUGGAAGUCAACCUACAAGAUGAUGCCGGUUGGACUCCCCUCCACAUCGCAGCAUCUGCAGGCAGGGAGGAGAUAGUGAAGUCACUGAUUAACAAAGGAGCCCAGCUGAACUCAGUCAACCAGAACGGCUGCACCCCUCUGCACUAUGCUGCCUCCAAGGACAGAUAUGAGAUCGCCCUCCUGUUGUUGGAGAGUGGAGCGAACCCUAAUGUCACAGAUAAACUGGAGUCUACUCCCCUACACAGAGCUUCAACCAAGGGCAACUGCCGUCUGAUCCAGCUGCUGCUCAAACAGCGCGCUUCUACCAACAUACAGGACUCUGAGGGAAACACUGCACUCCACCUGGCGUGUGACGAGGAGCGUGUGGAGGCAGCUAAACUCCUGGUGGAGAACGGAGCCAGCAUCUACAUAGAGAACAAGGAGGAGAAGACACCAUUACAGAUCUCUAAAGGAGGUCUGGCCACUCUGCUGAGGAGGAUCGUAGGAGGAAACGUCUGAUCCAUCUGACUACACACUGAAGCAGCGAGAAGAUCCAGUCGACGUGGUCUAAAUGGGCUUCCUCAUCUCACCUCUCCAUCCUUUCUCCUCAUCUCUCCUUUAUCUGUGCUGAUUUGAGGAAACAGGAUAAACUCUUCCAUAUUACGUUGACCUAUCCUCUAUAUUCCAGUCCGGGGGGAGGGUACUUCCACCAGGCCAGUAACAGUUCACUGGAGAUGAGGGAGAGGUGAUGAGGAGGCCACUGGACUAUUGAGAUGCAGUCUGUAUGGCAGCAUUUUGGUUGGAGGAAAGAGAUUUUCUGACUGGAUGUAUCUCAGAGACUGACCAUGAUAACACCCUACAGCUACUUACCAGAGAAACCUAUGUUGUAAGUUUGAAACUGUUCUAGAAAUUCAGCUUCUUAAAACUUGUUUAAAAAAAAAGAUGUAAUAAGUUGGUGUCUUAACAACUUGAUUAAAUGAAUCACCUCAACUAUAUAUGUUAAUAUCCAGCCCUAUUUAAAACAUGUUUCACUGUCUGGAUGUGUAAUGUGAUUUGGUAGUAAGUUCAUUGCAUUCAUUUGAUUCCAAUUAAAUUGAUAAUCUGUAACAAGUUACAUUAAAUUCCUAUUUUGGUUGUGAA